AUGUUUGCAUUGCAUAUCGAACAGGAUCUACUUCGGCAAGCUAAUGUCCAACGCAAUUCCCAGAACUUCCCAGAGCACCAGUUCCCAUCGAUAGUGGGGCGGCCUAUCCUACGAUCGGAAGAGCAGGCUGGCGACAUCGUUGUUAAGGAUAUCAUGUGCGGUGAUGAAGCUGCUGCUGCGAGGUCGAUGUUACAGAUUAGUUAUCCCAUGGAGAACGGAAUCGUGCGAAACUGGGACGAUAUGCAGCAUCUAUGGAAUUACACGUUUUAUGAAAAGAUGAAGAUCGAUCCGACCGGCCGCAAGAUCAUGCUCACUGAGCCGCCGAUGAACCCGCUGAAAAAUCGCGAGCAGAUGUGCGAGGUGAUGCUCGAGGGAUAUAAUUUCGGCGGAGUCUAUGUUGCCAUCCAGGCUGUGCUGGCGCUUUACGCACAAGGUCUGAGCAGUGGCGUGGUCGUCGACUCCGGCGACGGCGUCACGCACAUCGUGCCCGUCUACGAAUCCACCGUCCUAAACCACCUCACCCGCCGCCUCGACGUCGCCGGCCGAGACGUCACCCGCAAUCUCAUCGCCCUCCUCCUCCGCCGCGGGUACGCCCUCAACCGUACGGCUGACUUCGAAACGGUCCGCCAAAUCAAAGAGAAACUUUGCUACGUCUCCUACGGCCUGGAGCUUGAUCAGCGGCUGUCCGAAGACACUACCGUCCUAGUGGAAUCCUACACGCUCCCGGACGGCCGGGUGAUUCGCGUGGGCAGCGAGCGGUUCGAGGCUCCGGAGUGUCUAUUCCAACCCCACCUGGUCGACGUGGAACAGCCGGGCAUUGCCGAAUUUUUGUUCAACACGAUCCAAGCGGCGGAUGUCGAUGUUCGGAGUAGCUUGUACAAGGCCAUCGUGCUGAGCGGCGGAAGCAGCAUGUACCCCGGUCUCCCGUCGCGGCUGGAGAAGGAAUUAAAGCAGCUGUGGUUGACGCGAGUGCUGGGUGGAAAUCCGGAGAGGUUGAAUGUGAGGAGUCUGGCGAUUCCUACUUUUUGUAUCGACUCCACUAAUUAUAAAAUCCCUUCACCCAAACAGAAAUUCAAAGUGCGCAUCGAAGAUCCUCCUCGAAGACGGCAUAUGGUCUUUUUGGGCGGGGCUGUGCUAGCUAAUUUGGUGAGCAAUACCCCUGAAUCCAUUCACAUCCCCGUCUUGGUCGAUCCCAUCUAA